GUGCCAUGCUAUGUCAAGCCUGAAAUUGAGUACAAACAGUCCACAUUCAUGGAAACCUGUCCCAGUAUGACAAACAUUGCUGGAAUGCCAUCCAAAUUGCCGGUAAAAGAAGAAAAACACUGGCUUAUAGAUCAUAAGCCAGUGUGGGAGAUCAAAAAUCAAUCAAAAAAGAAUGAAACGUUAAAUGAACUAUUACUGCCAUGUGCAUCAAAUAGAGAUGAAAAGAAUAAGAAGGAAAUGGUUUUAUUGGUACCAUCUUGUCCCAGAGAGGCCAGAAAUCCAGGGUUCCCGUCUGUAUCUCAACACAGUUUUGUUUUUCAUGGAUCAAGUAUGGUGGAUAUGUAUCGUUGUUGUCCAAGUGUAUCCAGUAUACCUGGUUUACCAUCUAUCAGUAAAGCCAAUAACAGAUCAUGGGUAUCUCGACAGGAACCCCUUUUGAAUAAGAAAAGGAAAACUGAGCUUGUUGUCAUGACGGUGUCACAGAAAGAGAAGGAUAAAAUUAAACAAAUGGGAGCUUUGGUACUAACUUGCCAAAAGCAUUCUUCCAUACCAAUUCCACGACCUACUCUAGUAUAUCAUGGAUCAGAUAUGAUGAGCUUUUUAAGUUCGUGCCCGAAAACCUCUUGUGUUGAAGGUUUUCCAUCAUUAAUGGGGCAUCGUUUGAACAAAAGCUGGGCUCCAGAUUACAACCCCUUUGGGGUAACAUUGCCAAAAAACAACAUACCCAUGACUGAAGACAGAACUCACAAGGAAGAAAUGAAGGCCAUGUUUGCUUUAGCCCAAACCUGUCCUAAACAGACUUGUAUCCCUGGCCAUCCAUCUGCUCUGAAACCUAUAGUAAUCUAUAAUGGGUCUAGUAGGGUCAGUCUGCUUCGGUCUUGCCCAGCUGUCUCCAGUAUGGCUGGUUUUCCAUCAGUACAGAAAGCUGACAGCAAAGACUGGAGCACUAUUCUUCAGCCACUAUGGGAGAAGCAAAUUAAAAAGGAGUCUGUAUUACUACUGAAGAACGAUAAUAUACACAAAGACAUGAAUGGAAUUGUUUCUCUUGCACAAAGUUGCCCAAGAAAAUCCAGCAUCUCUGGCUUUCCCUCUGUAUCAAAACCAAGAAUAAUUUAUGUUGAUCACAUGACAAAUAUUGUCAGUCUUUCAUGCUCAUGCUCAAAAGUGUCACGAAUACCAGGAUUUCCAUCAUGUCAUUAUUCAGAAGAGUGGCCAAUGAGCAGGGAGCCACUGUUUGAACCAAGAAUGAAAGAAAAGCAGGUGUCACUGACUGACGGAUGUGAAAGAGAUAUGAAAGCAAUGAAAGCAAUGGUUUCCCUUGUACCAUCCUGUCCAAAAGCAGCACGGAUGCCAGGAUUCCCCUCUCAUCCAAAUCCCCUAAUUGUGUAUUCUGCAACAGAUAUCAUCAGCCUUUCACAUGUUUCCAAAAUACCUGGAUUCCCAUCAGUUGUUUGGGAUGUGAGUGUAGGGUGGGUAACAGAAAAGGGGUCAUUGUUGAAGAAGCUACCAAAGAAGGGGGUCAUAUUUGACACAUCAAAUGACAACAAAAAAACAGUGAAGAAUAUGGUUUCCUGUGUACCCUCCUGCCCUAAAGUGUCAAAUAUUUCCGGUUUCCCAUCUAUCCCCAAUCCCAAAACUGUGUAUUAUGGCCUAAAUGUAGUCAAUCUCCUUCCUUUGUGCCCCCUGGUUUCUACCAUACCUGGAUUUUCAUCAGUUGAAGGGUACAAGGAAAAAGGAUGGGUUGCUGAACUGGGUACAUUGAUGCACAGACCACAAAAGAAAAUUACGUUUAGGAUUAAUAGCUUGCCCAUUAACACAGACAAAUCAAAUAACAUGCUUGCUUUGGUUCCUUCUUGCCCGGGAGUAUCAAAGGUUCCAGGCUUCCCAUCUUACCCCCGAUACAAUAUGCUGAGCCUUUUACCUGUUUGCUCCAAUUUAUCCAGUUUCCCAGGAUUUGCAUCCUUUGAAGGGGCCUCAAAAUUCCAGUGGCUUUUUGAUCCUUACACUUUGUGUGAUGAGCUUCCAAAAGAGACAGUUUUUUUGAUACACAGUCCAAAUCAAGAUGAAGAAACGACGAAGACAAUGUUGGCCUUAGCACCAUCUUGCCCAGAAGCAUCAAGGAUCCCCGGGUUCCCCUCUGCACCUCAAACCAAAUCCAAGAGUGAGCCCAAUAUGAUAUGUUUGGUACCUUGCUGCUCCAGUGUUUCAAGUCUCAAAGGAUUUGCAUCCAUGAUUACAGUCCCAAGCAUAGAGUGGCUAAGUGAGACAAAACCAAUUUUUAUAGAGCCUCAGAAGAAGAGGGCAGACAUGUUUAUGGCACUUGCUGGACAAGACCAACUAUAUCACCACAACAUAAAAAGCAUGAUGACAUUACUGUCAUCCUGCCCAAAAGAGGCCAGAGUAUGCGGUUUUCCCUCUGCUCAAGCUGUAAAAAGACCAUCAAACAUGGUCAGCUUAUACACAUCUGCUCCAUGUGUUUCAUGUGUCCCAGGUUUUCCAUCAGCAAGGAUGCUUAGCUCUGAACAUAUAAAAAGACGAAGUGGGAGAACACACAGCAAGUCCUUGUUUGAUAAGCUGUGGAAUGAGAAUAUUUUUCUUAUUGCAAAAUUUCCAGCAAAACAUACAUAUAAACAAGAUGAAAUUAAGUACAUGGUAGCAAUGGCUCCAUCAUGUCCACAUUUGACUCAAGUUCCUGGUUUUCCCAGCAUUUUGCAAUUGGAUCCAACAGAGAAAGAAACAAUGGCAGCUCCAUUGCCUUCUUCUAUUGAAAAGCCAACAUCGUUGGAAUUGUCGCAUGUACAGCCAACUCAGUCAUAUCUCAGAGACACAAGAAUACCUGGUGCUACCUCUACAUCCGUCAGCAGCCCCAGCACAGAACUUGCACAUGCCCCCAACAAACAAGCAUGGAAGAAAUUUCUGCUACUUCCCUGCAGCCUACAUCAAAUGAGUCACUUACAGGUGCAAACGAACAUGGAGAGGAACUCUUAGACAAACCCUCAGAUGGUCAAAACAUUAGUCCAGUUGGACCACAAGCUGAAAUUGCUGUCUCUCAGCGAGGCAGAAGGCCAAAGACAAAAGUUCCAGAACCUCAACAGAAAGGGUCUAAUCAAGAUAAAGACACUGUUCCAACACGGCCACUUAGAAGGAAGGAUAGUUUAACACCAGGCCGCAAACAAAAACAUGGUUUAUCUGUGAAGCGCCUCACUGAAGUUAUUCCAGCGCAGUCUGUAAGGAAAGAUUUUACUAGUGAGAUAUUUCCCACACAACCAGCCACAAACUUUGCCCUAUCUUGCAGCUUAAGCAAAGGAGUCAGUAGUGUUUCUCUAGGUGAACCGCAGAAUUGUCAUGGCCAAGAAAGUUUUGGAGCUCAAAUCACAUCAUACACAAGUGACCAUAAACAAAAAGUGGAAGCAGAAUCUGUGCCAAAAUCUAUGUAUGUCACUCCUCCUCCUCGUGUGAAAAGAAGAGAAGGUAGUUUGUCGCCUGAAGAUCCACAGAAAACUGCCCCUUGCAAACCCCUGAGGAGAAAAGACAGUGUCACUAGAGAGAAAUCUGUUCAGUUAACUCAUGACCAACAAGAUUUGAAAGCCCAAGUUACCUCUACUCUGGAAACAUCUGAUCCUGGUCCUCCUCAACCUUGUGGGAGAAGCGCUGAUGUCUCAGGUGCUUGUGAACCUUUACAGAACAUAAAUAAACCUAGUCGAACAGCCACGGAAACAAUCCCCUCACAGCCUGUAGGAAGACAGCACCAAACAACCAAACAACACUCUCAAGAAACAGUUGGGAGCGUAUCUCUACAGACAGAAACAGAAUUGGGCUGCUCAAUGGACAAAGAAAGAACAUAUUGUGACCUGGAAUGGCCUAAGAAAGAUAGCAAUACAUCUAUCCAGGUCUCUUCUGACGUAAUUUCUCCCUCAGAAACAAAGGGAAAUGACAGCAUCACCGUAAGGCCAGAACCAGAGAUACUUCAUGUUGAGCAAACUGCUCCGCUCUCAAUCAUCAAGAAAAUAUGUCUUCUACAACAUGUCAAGAAAUUGCCUUCAAGCAAAUCUCGCAAAAUUGUCAGGGAUAAGGGAAUGAUGGCCCAAACUUUAAAAGUUGCAUACAAGGAGACUUUAAAACCAGUCCAGAAUGACAACACUGCAAUGGGUAAUAUAGAAGAGAUAAAGCAGACAAAGAUAGCUAGUCUCACAGCCUUUGAUAAAGUCAGUAUCACAUCUUCUCAUAAAUCAGAAAAUGCACCAGAGAUAGUAGAGGCAGAGAGGGAUAAACAAACGACUUAUCCCAUCCCAAGGCCUCGUGUGAGGAAACGUCUCAGUGGCUCCUUCCCACAUGGCUUUAGAUAUACAGAGAGUACAUCUCAGGCUUCGUGCGGAGAAGAGGCACAGACAACAAUUCAAGGGGAUCCUUCAUCCCUUUCCUCAACAACAAAACAAUUGUCAAUGGUGCAACACAACAAAGACCCCCCCCCUCUUCAUCUGGUUGAUCAACCCUCUACAUCUAAAGAAGAAGUGGCCGGUGUAUGGUUGAGGAUAAGUAGAGUGACCAUUGAGAGCAGUGAUGAAGUACAGGAUGGUGAUACUUUACAGAAGACCCCAGGACCCUCAAGCUUGCCUGUACCAAAACCAAGAGUAAAGAAACGUCUCAGUGAUUCCUUCCCAGAUGAUGUUCCAAUUUCUGGCUCACUGCCUCCCUGCCAGUCAGAUACAGUUGCUGAUUCAAUUGGUCAUGAGACAGUCCAACAGAAUGAACAGUCAAGCUUGCCUCUUACACUGCCUCGGGCCAAGAAACGUCUCAGUGCGACUUAUUCACAUAGCACACCACCUGUAGACAAUUUACUCCCCCUAGAAAUGGAAUCGUCUCAUAGAACCCCAGAGGAUACAUCUGUCACCAGCAAAGAAGCAAAGGAAUGGUUAACAUUGCUGGAUGUAAGUGCAAUCUCUGAAUUAGGUUUUGUCACAAUCCAAGGUGAAGAUGAUGUUUCAUCAGAGGUGGAACAGAAAGUGUCAGCAGCAAUGCAAGAAGAACGAUUUCCUCAGCCAGAUUCUGUAGAAGAAACUGAGAAGCCACUGGAUGAAAUAAUUGAAGGCUGGACAUUUACAGAUAAACCUGUAGUUUCAGAGGACUCAGAGAAGGUUACAGAGGCAGUAUCUGAGCAGGAUGACACUGAAAAAAUCCCAGAACCAGAGGUUUAUAAGUCCCUUGCUUCCAAUGUUGCUUCUUCUCAGGAUGAUUGGCUGCAUGUACAGGAUGAUAAAGACAGUGAACCAAUGGAAAUAACCUCAAGGAAGGAAAUGAGGGAUGACGAUUUGGACUUUGGCUUUGUGUCUGUAGAUGUAGCUGCUGGUUAUUUAGAGGAUGAAAGGCAAAGGGAGAGAGCAGAAGAAUCUUCAGGUCAGCCUGUACCUGUACCUUGUAGCAAGAAGCAUUUGAGUGGUUCUUACCUAGAUGACUGCAAGUCGCAAGUUGCUGGCCUUCACCAAACCAUUGAACCAACAACACGUCAAAAAAGACCUGCAGAUGGGGCUGCCUCUGCGGAAAUCCUACUGGCCAAUCCCACCUUAGUGAUGUCUAGCCAGUCUCUACUGGAAUGGUGUAAAGAAGUCACACAGGGUCACAAGGGAGUGAAGAUCACCAACUUCAGCACUUCUUGGAGGAAUGGCCUGGCCUUUUGUGCCAUAUUACAUCACUUCCAUCCAGAAAAGAUUAAUUAUGAAAUGCUGGACCCGUAUGACAUCAAGCACAACAACAAAAAGGCUUUUGAUGGCUUUGCCAAACUGGGCAUUUCCAGGCUGAUGGAGCCUUCAGACAUGGUCAUGCUAGCAGUGCCUGACCGGCUCAUUGUCAUGACCUACCUCAACCAGAUCCGCACCCAUUUCAUGGGCCAGGAACUCAGUGUGCUUCACAUAGAGAAGGAUAGCAGCGAGUCCAGCUAUGCAGUAGCAGGGGACUGGGACAGCCAAGAGGACCCAGAGGCAACUAUUCGCUACUGUGCCCAGAGGCUCCAGGAGGAGGGUAUAAGUUUUGAAACUAAUGGGACUACAUGCACUGCAGAGAAGGACAGUAAAACCAGUAGGGAUGUGGUUCCACCUCCCAGAACUAAACGGUUUCAGGUUGCUGGGGAAGUUGGGGCUCAGUCUCCAGUGCCACCACCGAGGACCAAUUUCCUAUCUAAGUCAGGUUUCUCUCAUGUCAGAGAUGCUGAUCUGGUCAAGAAACGAAGGUCACAGCGGAGGAGUGGUUCAAUAGAUGAAGGAGACAUAUCAGUGGUCAUUUCAGGGGAAGAAGACAGUGUAAUUAGCCGGAGGAAGUCAGAAACUGAGAGAACAGAGGCUGUGGUUGAGGAGGGAAGACCAGAAGGCCAGGACCCCAGCCAGUAUGUUCUGAGUCAGAUGGAAGCCCUGGAAGCAGAACAAAAUCAUAUUGAUAACAGAGCUGGUGUGGUGGAGAGGAAACUCAGAAAACUACUGGAAACAGGUAGUGAUAAGGUGGAGGAGGAGAGGUUGAUUCAGGAAUGGUUUACACUGGUUAACAAGAAGAAUGCUUUAAUUAGGAGGCAGGACCAUCUGCAGCUACUGCUGGAAGAACAAGACUUGGAAAGAAGAUUUGAGUUGUUAAACAAAGAGCUGAGAGACAUGAUGGCGAUUGAAGAGUGGCAGAAAACUCAGGCCCAUAAACACAGAGAGCAGCUGCUUCUUCAGGAGCUGGUGUCACUGGUCAACCAGAGAGACGAACUGGUCCACAAUUUGGACGCCAAAGAGAGAGGAGCUCUGGAGGAGGACGAGCGUCUUGAACGAGGCCUGGAGCAGCGGAGGAGGAAGUAUGCUAAACAGCACAAAGAGAAGUGUGUUAUGCAGUGAUUUGAUCUACCUCCGGCCAUGAAAUGGUGGGUCACCUAUCUGAAAGAUCGACGAUCAAGACAAAACCAAGAAUAGGACAGUUGGGCUUGGUCCUCUUUCACCUGCUCACAGUUUGAGUGGUGUGGUUUUAAGUCAGCAGUAAGAGGUCGUUAAGGCCAAGACCGUCAACAUAGCUUAUCCAAGGAGCUUAUUUCUACAAGAAAACACACUGAACCAGUAUGAGGUGGCAUUGCAUUUCCAAUGUAGACUCAGAUGGUCUAAAUCCCGAGUAAGGCUCUGAAAAAUGUGUUAAAAUUGGUGUUAUUUUUAGUUUGCUUCCCCUUUUGAGUGUCUUAAAAUGUGUCACUAGGCUGUUUUUUAUGAAAAAGAUCAAGGUGAUUGUGUUGGGCAGUGUAAUUUCCACAUACUCAAUGCAUCAUCCAUUUACCAAACCCUACAGGAUGUUCAACACCAAGAAAUUUUUACCCACUCAGCGGAAGUGGCAUUAGUGCCUCGGAGUGCUGCUUGUGCCACUGGACUGUUCGCUUUGCAGUUGCUGUGUUGUGUUUUCAAUUAUUAUUGUUACAGAUUGUGACUGUGAAUGUAGGUGGGUUUGAUUCAAAAUUUGGUACAGACUUGAACUGCUAAAAAUGGGAGAUUAGGGCUGACCAUUGUGGGUUCUUGAAGACUGACACCAAUAUUUUAGUAAUGCUUUAGAUUGGACCUGCUCAUAACCAGUAUCUUGUGCUAGUACAUCCAAAAUGACAAGGAUUCACUGUUUCCUGAUAACUGUUACUUGUGACAGGAUGCGAAAGCCCCAACAAGUAAUACACAAAAAGUAAAAAAUAUGCUUUGUCAUUGUCUUCCAAAACCACUAAUGUACCAGCAUAUAUCAGCAGGACAAUAUCAUUUGUCAGUGCUUUCCAUAAGCAGUACAUGACCAAAAAUGAUUCAUAUGUGCGGCUGCUGAUCUGGCUAAGGUUUGCUUAAGUUUAGGCUUAAAAACUACUUGAUUAUGGUUAGAGCCUGUGUUGUUGUAUGUCAACAACAAAUGUUGGUCUAACCUCAGAGGAAGUUACACGUUUUGAACAUAAAAUUUUUUCACCACAGUUGCCUUACUGUAGUAUGUGCUACGUUCAAAUUGACUGUAAAGAAGUUACUUUGUCGCUACGAGCAGAUUUACUGGUUGUGGUGAUUACAUAGGAAUUUAAUUUUGGUCAUGUCGCUCAGCCCUUGUGUUUGCAUAAGUUUGUUGUUUGCUUUAUCUUUUCUCAAAGCUAGAAAUAUGGCAAUUUGUAAAGUAGAAAGGUAAAUCUAAUGCACUCCGACUUAAGUGUUUGAGAUAUUGAAAUAUUUUCAUAUUGUAUGACCACUUCUUCAGUGGAGCAGAUGGGAUGAGGGUGCCAAUGAGAUGCAAGGGCAAAGAGAGCAGGAUCCAAAUCAGUCUUCUAACUAACUUAUUGGAUUUGUGUAAAGUUUUACUGAUUAUUCAAAACAUCAACUAGAGAAGUAGCCACACAUGUAUGUCUACUUUAUUAGUACGUAUAUUAACCAAAGCUUAUAUUGCUCAAUGUUGUAGCAAUUGACUUCCAUCUGUGCAGAAAAUGUUAAUAGGAAUAGGAACAUUUCCAUGAGACUUGUACAUGUAGGAUUUUUUUUUUUUUGUUGCCACAAAUUAGGAAAAUUCUCUGAUAAGUUUUAGGUAUUUAAAGGUAUUUUAUUUUCCUAUUUGAAUAAUGGAAAUAUUGUGGGAAAUAACUUUGACAUUAUGCAGAUGCAGUUUUUUUGAAAUGAAAGGUGAAGAUGUGAUUGCUCCUGCAUGAUAAAAACCAAUUCCUCAUUAGCACAAUAUUAACAUUUGCUAAAAGUGAUGUGGCGCUACCAACUUUUCCUAAAAUUAAAGGAAACUUUGUUGUUUUUGCACUGAAAAGUUACAUGUUUUUACUUGUCUACAAGCAAAUUGUGUAACAGGCAGGGACAUUUCUGCACCUGAGAGGUUUUAUUUUAUGUGUAAAAGCUUGCAGUUCACAUGUUGCCAUACUGCUGGUUGUUGUAGCUCUGACCAGCACCUGUGUGAAUUAGUUACAGCUUGUCAAAAGGUUUGCUGUUGGAAAGUUUUUAUUGUGGUUUUAUGUUACAAUUUGCACUAUUUGUAAAGUUUUAAAAAUACAAAAGAUUUG